UUGUCUUUGUGUAAAGGAGUGGAGCUCGAUCUCACAUCACUCUUCCCUCUUCCCCGAGUCCUUUCUAAACUCUCCCCCGGGUCUCUACCCUCCCGAACCUCUCCCCUUCUACCCUUACAACCCCAACCCUCCCCCCGGUCUCCUCCAGCACACUCAUCAGGUUCAGUAAGGAGACAUUUGUCUAAUGGAAAACCAGAGCCAUCUCGGUGACCAAAGACCCCAGUUCUGCACGGACGACCAGGUUGCAGUUAUGGACUCCGGUGUGAUUGAAGGAGGGCUCAAUGUCACCCUUACCAUUAGGCUGCUCAUGCAUGGCAAGGAAGUCGGAAGUAUAAUCGGAAAGAAAGGUGAAUCUGUGAAGAAGAUGAGAGAAGAGAGCGGUGCUCGCAUCAACAUCUCUGAGGGCAACUGUCCGGAGAGGAUCAUUACUUUGGCAGGUCCAACCACCGCCAUCUUUAAGGCAUUCUCCAUGAUCAUUGAAAAGCUGGAAGAGGACAUAAGCAGCUCAAUGACAAACAGCACAGCAACCAGCAAGCCCCCAGUGACCCUACGCAUUGUGGUGCCUGCCAGCCAGUGUGGCUCCCUCAUCGGGAAAGGUGGCUGCAAGAUCAAGGAAAUUCGAGAAUCAACUGGUGCUCAGGUACAAGUGGCAGGAGACAUGCUGCCCAACUCCACAGAGCGAGCAAUCACCAUUGCUGGUACCCCCCAGUCGAUAAUUGAGUGUGUGAAGCAGAUCUGCGUGGUCAUGCUUGAGUCUCCCCCUAAGGGGGUCACUAUCCCCUACCGACCCAAGCCUUCAGGAUCCCCCGUCAUCUUCGCAGGCGGACAGGCGUAUGCCGUACAAGGACAGCACGCCAUUCCACAGCCAGAUUCUUCCUCUGCUGCUAUCUCUCCACAGCUCACCAAGCUUCACCAGCUGGCCAUGCAGCAGAGCCCCUUCCCCAUUGCACCAAGCAACCAGGGAUUCACUGGGAUAGAUGCUUCUGCUCAAACCAGUUCCCAUGAGAUGACCAUUCCAAAUGAUCUUAUUGGGUGCAUCAUCGGCCGCCAGGGAGCCAAGAUCAACGAGAUCAGGCAAAUGUCGGGCGCCCAGAUCAAGAUUGCGAAUCCAGUGGAUGGAUCGACUGACCGCCAGGUCACCAUCACUGGCUCGCCUGCCAGCAUCAGUCUGGCGGAGUACCUCAUCAACGCCAGGCUUUCCUCUGAGGCCACAGGACUGGCAGCCAACUGAUACACACUGCAUCUGCACUAAAUCUCACUUUUAUAUCAUCGGCCACCAUAAAGCAGUCAAUGCAACUAUCCAACUUAAGAGUUUAUAUAUUAUGCUGCCUCUUCCUCAUUUGAAAUCAUUUCAACCGAUUUUGAUCUGCUGAGUUCAUUAUUUAUUUCAUUUGUUUUGGUUUUAGUCGAAAGAAGCAAACAAUUAGGUUUUUAAUUCCCUUUUUGAGUCGAGUUGGAGGUUUUAAUGAUUUAUUACUUCUAUCUUCCCUUUUUCUUUCUUUACCAUCACAGAGGAGUAGAGUUUGAAAACUAUGAAUAGGCAUAUAGAUUUAGUUCUGUACAGUCAUUUUUUUUUCUUUAAAAAGGAAAAGACAAAAAAGGAAAAAUAAAAAACAUAUCAAAAAUAAGAAUAGAGUGACUUUUAUUCUGUGUUUAUAUAGACGCGCCCCCCUUUCCUCACCCAGUUCCACAAAGUCCACCUCUCUAUUUUAUGUCCAUACUCACUUAAACAUGCACAUCAUUCUCCCCCUUUGUCACCGUUUCAAGUUGAAGUUCUUGUAACAUUGAUUACACUCGUGUCACUGAGAAUACGUAGCUGUACAAUGCACUGUCACUGAUUAUUAUGUUUGGUUAUCAUGACAAAUGUUUUAACACUCUUGUUUAAAUUUAUCCAGAUCAUUUGAAAUGUGUAUUACUACACAUGUCAAUUUUCCCCUUCUCCACACGUCGUUCCUGUUUUCCCCCUCUCCUAGUCCUGAGAUCAUGUGUUCAAAUUUUGCUGGGAUGGGAGGUUUUGGGGGGAUCUGGGCUUGGCUCUAGGAAUCUGAAGCAGAGGGUUCUCCUCACUUUUUUUGUAAAGACUGAUAUAUAUAUAUAUAUAUACUUAAAAAAAAAAAAAAAAGUUGGAAUAUUGUUUUAAAUGGAGGAACUAUUUUUUUUUAAACUACCAAAGGGGGAUGAACUCCUGUAAACUGAGUGAUCUGUCUAUUGGAUGUGAUGAUGAGGCUGAGAACUGAAAUGAUUGAAGCUCUGGAACUAGACAAAGAAAGGGUUGUGAGUUAACACUAGUUUCCUGCUCUUUGCUUUACUCAGAAAAUGAUUUUAUUUUUUAUUUGCAGGAAAGAAAAACUUUUGUGCACGUUUUCAGACUGUAGACCUGGGUGCCACAACAUUGUUUAAAAAAAACAAACUGAAAUAAAGAUGUGAAAUGCUCAAACCA